GAGGAAAGUGAAGAAGAUGAAGAAGAUGGAAAAUCUGAUAUUGAUGGCAAAUCGAUUGGUGAUGAUGAUCGGGAUGAUGUGGACACGAAAACGCCAAAGAGUGAUGUUCCUGCUGCCACUACAAGUCACGAGGAUCGAUGGAAAAGCGUAGACGUUACGUCCCAAUCGACCCCACUUAGCAUAUCGUCACCAACAAUAACCAUGAAAGGAGCGACAUCCAGCACUUCGCUACAAACCUUACCACGAGUUGAUGAUGAGGAAGAAGAAAGUGGCCGCAAACAUAUGCGUCCUUUUGAAAUAACCCAAGAAGAACGGAUGGAAACGCUGACAACAGAUGAGAAGAAACGGAUGGUGAAAGAUCUCAUUAACAACAUUCCUACCACUAAAGGUAGACUUUCAAAAUUUAGUGAUCUAUUGAAAUAUUCAGAUGAGCUUUUCGCACAUACAAUAGACUGGCGAUUUGUUGAUCGAUCUCUCAUUGAACAACGAGUUCGACCAUGGGUUGCAAAGAAGAUUUUAGAAUUUUUAGGCUAUGCUCUUGUUGACUUUGUUUGUGAAAAGGUCGCGACGAAGACGCCGCCAGAUCGAAUCCUUAGUGAUAUAGCAAUGAUACUCGAUGAGGACGCUGAGGUGUUUGUUGUGAAAAUGUGGAGGCUUCUUAUCUAUGAGAGCGAAGCGAAGAAACUUGGCCUCGUUGUCCCUCGUAGUAGUCAGUCUUUUGAUUACAAUAAUUGAAU